AAGUUGUGCAGCACUGACUGUUACGCAAACAAACUGACUUUAUUUUGGAGAAUCCAGACACAACCACAUUUUGGAAAAUACCUGCUUUACAGGAUAAGAAACUAUUCCUAAUUUCUUGAUCACACUGAAAACGAGAUGGAGCAGCCACCUCGUCCAACCAUGUUUGAUUUCCAUGGAGUCGGCAUGACCAAAUACUUCACUGACAAUUGGGACAACAUACAAAACUUCAAAGCCAGACCAGAUGAUAUUCUUAUUGUUACUUACCCUAAAGCAGGAACCACGUGGGUCUCUUACAUCCUAGAUCUUCUGUAUUUCCGGCAGACCAAUCCAGACCGGCAGUUAACUGUUCCGCUCAAUAAGAGAGUGCCGUUUCUGGAGAUGUACAAACCUCCUCUACCCCCAGGUACCGUUGUGGCAGACGAGCUCCCCACGACGCCUCGUCUCAUUAAAAGUCAUCUACCGGUCCAGUUCAUACCAAACUCUUUCUGGGAGCAGCGCAGCUGGAUCAUUUAUGUGGCCCGUAACACGAAGGACAGCGCGGUGUCCUAUUUCCACUUUUGCCGCAUGAACAACAGCCAGCCUGAUCCAGGGGACUGGAACACCUUCCUGCAAAAGUUCAUGGAGGGAAAGAUGGUGUUUGGAUCAUGGUAUGACCAUGUGAACGGCUGGUGGCAGAAGAAGCAGAGUUAUUCGAAUCUUCACUACAUGUUCUACGAGGAUUUGAUUGAGGACUCUGGACGGGAAAUAGAUCGACUGUGUUCCUUCCUUGGCUUAUCUCCCUCAGGUGAAGAGAAGGAGAAAAUCCUGGCAGAAGUGACGUUUGACAGCAUGAAACAAAACACAAUGACCAACUAUUCCACCGUCCCAGCUAUGAACCAGAAGGUGUCGCCUUUCUUGAGAAAAGGAAAAGCUGGAGACUGGAAGAACCACUUCACUGUGUCGCAAAACGAACAGUUUGAUGAAGAAUACUGGCAGAAGAUGAAGAAUCCUGAACCGCGAUUUCGUUUUGAAAGCAACGUGCAGAUGAAGCAGAUGGAGCUGCCAGCUAGACCUACGCUGUUUGACUUCCACGGAGUCUCCAUGACUAAAUACUUCACUGACAACUGGGACAACGUGCAAAACAUCAAAGCGAGACCUGAUGACAUUGUCAUAGCUACUUAUCCUAAAGCAGGAAACACAUGGGUGUCUUACAUCCUGGACCUCCUGUACUUCAGCCAGAUGACACCUGCACGACAGGACUCAGUCCCCCUCUAUGAAAGAGUGCCGUUCCUGGAGUUGGCAGCCAUACAUGGGUUUCCCUCAGGAGUGGAUGUGAUCAAUAACUUAACCGCCUCUCCACGUAUCAUCAAGACGCACUUGCAAGUCCAGUUUCUUCCCAAAUCCUUCUGGGAACAGAACUCUAAGAUCAUCUAUGUGGCCCGUAAUGCCAAGGACACAGCGGUAUCUUAUUUCCACUUUGAUCGGAUGAACAAGGCCCAGCCAGAGCCUGGCGACUGGAACAGUUACCUUCAGAGAUUCAAGGAAGGGAAAAUGGUGUUUGGUUCCUGGUACGAACACAUGAGAGGCUGGUGGGAGAAGAAACAGAGCGAUUCUAACAUCCUGUUUCUGUUCUACGAGGAUCUGGUUGAAAAUACCGAACGAGAGCUCAGCCGCCUCUGCUCAUUCCUGGGACUGUCUGCCACCGCAGAGCUAAAGAGCCAAGUCACAGAAAAAGUUCUGUUUGAAAACAUGAAAAACAACAAGAUGGCAAACUGCUCCACCGAUGAAUACCUUGACUUCAGUGUUUCUCCUUUCAUGCGCAAAGGCAAAGUUGGUGACUGGAAGAAUCAUUUUACCGUACAACAAGAUGAAGACUUUAAUGAAGACUAUGAGAAGAAGAUGAAAAGCACCGAUCCAAGAUUUCGCACAGUUCUGUAGUGGAUUUUGCUCACUCCUCAUCCAAAUAUGUGACGAAAAGCGAUGUUACUCAUAUGUUUAAUAAUUUGAACAAACUUAACCAGAUGCAUUUAAUUGCUUAUUGGGUCAAUACAGUGGAAAUUUCAUAUCUGUGUCAGAACACGUCCUGUUCGCUGUAACAUAAAGUGGAGAGUAGACACCAGAGUAUACAAAAACUAAAGGCUGAUUAUAAUAAAUUAAUAAAGUGCACACAUUGGUUAUAGAAUAAAA